UUCUUCUUGUUUCAGAGCUGAAGGAGAUCGCGUCGCUGAUCGAGACGGGAGCUUACGCGAAGGAGGUUCGGAGAAUCGUCCGCGCCGUUCGUCGCACCGUCGGGAUCCGCCGUCAGUUGACGGCGUCGGUGGUUUCGUCGUUCGUUUCUUUUGCCCUAGGCUCUGGAUCUGAGGCUUAUUCGAGGCUCUCGUCCUAUCUUCACAAGGAAGAUGACCAUGAUAUGGAUGUGGAUACAGCAACAUCUGCAGUUCAAACUCCUAAUAAGCAUCCUGUUCCGGAGGUUGAGAUCUAUUGCUAUCUUUUGGUGUUGAUAUUUCUGAUUGACCAAAAGAGAUAUGAUGAGGCUAAAGCUUGCUCUUCUGCUAGCAUUGCUCGCCUUAAGAACAUAAAUAGAAGAACUGUGGAUAUCUUGGCAUCUCGGCUGUACUUCUAUUAUUCGUACAGCUAUGAACUGACAAACAAUCUUGCUGAAAUUCGUGGGGAUCUCCUUGCCUUGCACCGCAUGGCCACCUUACGUCGUGAUGAACUUGGUCAGGAAACCCUUCUUAACUUGCUACUUCGUAAUUAUCUCCACUACAACUUGUAUGAUCAAGCAGAGAAGCUAAGGUCCAAGGCACCCCGUUUCGAGGCACACUCGAAUCAACAGUUCUGUCGCUACCUAUUUUAUUUGGGAAAGAUUCGGACCAUCCAAUUAGAGUAUACUGAUGCAAAGGAAAGCCUGCUACAAGCUGCCCGAAAGGCACCAGUUGCAGCUCAAGGCUUCAGAAUCCAAUGCAAUAAAUGGGCUAUUAUUGUUCGCCUUCUGCUUGGUGAAAUCCCAGAACGGACCGUCUUCAUGCAGAAAGGCAUGAAGAAGGCACUGACACCUUAUUUUGAGCUCACAAAUGCUGUGAGAAUUGGGGAUCUAGAGCUAUUCAAAUCUGUUGCAGAUAAAUUUUCAUCCACGUUCAGUUCUGACAGAACUCAAAAUCUCAUCGUAAGACUCCGCCACAAUGUGAUCAGAACCGGUCUCAGAAACAUCAGCAUUUCAUACUCUCGCAUCUCACUUUCUGACAUAGCCAAAAAGUUGAGAUUGGAUUCACCAAAUCCCGUAGCGGAUGCUGAGAGCAUCGUAGCCAAAGCAAUCCGAGAUGGAGCAAUCGAUGCGACUAUUGACCAUGCAAACGGUUGGAUGAUAUCCAAGGAGACUGGGGAUGUGUAUUCUACCAAUGAGCCCCAGUUCGCUUUUAAUACGAGGAUUGUGUUUUGUUUGAACAUGCACAAUGAGGCGGUGAAGGCGCUUAGGUUUCCUCCGAACUCGCAUAAGGAGAAGGAGAGCGAUGAGAAGAGGAGGGAGAGGCAGCAGCAGGAGCAGGAGAUUGCGAAGCAUAUGGCCGAAGAGGAUGACGAUGACUUUUGAGGAUGAGAGAUUUGGCUAGUUUUCCUAUGUUUUAUUGUUUCAUGUGUUAUUAACUUUGAAGGAAGAUGCUGGUUUUUGUUUAUGGUGUGUUUCAAGUUAAAAGAAGAUACUGAAGAAGGCAGGGCUGUAGUUUGACCGCGCUCUUUUGCACUGGCAUGAUGAUUUCCUGUACUUUUGUCUUUACUUUUAUUUUAUUUAACCUGCUGCCCUUGUGCUUGAAUGCUA